AUGGCUACCGGUCCUACAUCUCCUCCAACCCCUUUACCACCACCUUUACCUUUGGCUCCGGUCUCUAUAGAACCAUCGGUAUGUCAGAUUUGUAAACAAUCGAUGAGUGAGGGUCAGGCUUGUUUAAUAAUUAACGAGUGUAGUCAUGCUUUCCAUAGGACUUGUAUAGAAACACAUUUGGCCACCUCAUCUGAGUGUCCUAUCUGUAAACGACAUUGUCAGUUAUCCGAAUUGAAGAAACUUGUAAUUCACCCAAAAGGUAGUUUGGCGAAACCCGCCCUUUCAAAGCCACGAGGUGCCAUGGCCAAGCACUAUAAUACCAGAAGCAUGAGUCGUAAU